GUCGCAGGCAGUUUGCCGGGCGUGAACGCCAGAAUUGUCAGUGAAUCGGAUGUUCAGUAGUGCCUCAACGCCCCCCGAACGUCAAAAAUCACAUCUCCAUCAGUAUCAAUUUAACCACAAUUACCGAAGACCUUGAACUCGGCAUAAACUGCGGGAAAAUUUUUAUACGGUUGUGGUAGAUCCCCUAAAUAGCUGAGGGAAUUAAUUCGAGUGGUGCAUUGUUGCGCUGACACCUCAUUGUUGAGGGUUCGAUCAAUUCGGAGCACUCGACAAAUAUUUUCUGAGCCCCCAAAAUUCCCGAAAAAUGAUUCAAAAAAUCUGCUGCAUUGGCGCGGGUUACGUAGGUGGCCCGACCUGCAGUGUAAUAGCCCUAAAAUGUCCAGACAUCAGCGUAACAGUUGUGGACAAGAGCAAAGAGCGAAUAGCCCAGUGGAAUUCUGACAAACUCCCGAUUUACGAGCCCGGCCUGGACGAAGUAGUCACCCAAUGUCGGGGAAAAAAUCUCUUCUUCUCCACGGACAUAGAGACUGCCAUUCAAGAGGCAGAUCUAAUCUUCAUCUCGGUUAAUACACCUACUAAAACGUUCGGAAAUGGCAAGGGACGUGCUGCGGAUCUCAAGUAUGUCGAAAGUGCAGCGAGGAUGAUUGCUGAAAUUGCGACAAAUGAUAAAAUUGUCGUGGAGAAGAGCACUGUGCCAGUUAGAGCUGCUGAGAGUAUCAUGAAUAUUCUCAGGGCUAAUCAUAAACCUGGAGUUUCUUAUCAGAUCCUCUCGAAUCCCGAAUUUUUGGCCGAAGGCACCGCAGUCCAAGACCUAGUGAGCGCCGACCGAAUUCUCAUCGGUGGAGAAGACACCCCCCAGGGCCAAGCAGCCAUAGAAGAGCUCUGCAAAGUGUACGAGCACUGGAUCCCUCGUGAGCACAUCCUCACAACAAACACGUGGAGCUCAGAGCUGUCAAAAUUAGCUGCCAAUGCCUUUCUGGCGCAGAGAAUAUCGAGCAUAAACGCCCUAUCCGCCAUUUGUGAAAAAACUGGGGCUGACGUGUCCGAGGUGGCGAGGGCAGUCGGACUGGACUCGAGAAUUGGCUCCAAGUUCCUUCAGGCCUCCGUUGGCUUCGGGGGCUCGUGCUUUCAGAAGGAUCUGCUCAAUCUCGUGUACCUGUGCGAGUGCCUCAAUCUCCCGGAGGUCGGCAAGUACUGGCAGGGGGUCAUCGACAUGAACGAGUACCAGAAGUCUCGGUUCUCUGCUCAAGUCAUUCAGUCGUUGUUCAAUACUGUCACUGAUAAGCAUAUUUCACUCCUGGGAUUUGCCUUCAAGAAGAACACUGGGGACACCAGAGAGUCGCCUGCCAUUCAUGUGGCACAGACUCUUCUGGAUGAGGGGGCUGUUCUACAUAUCUACGAUCCUAAGGUGGAAGAAUCUCAAAUAAUGGACGAUUUAUCAUCUCUCGGAUUGUCAGACUUGAAAACAAGGAUAAAUAUUUAUCACGAUCCCUACACUGCAACGAAGAAUACACAUGCCAUCGUUGUGUGCACCGAGUGGGACGAAUUUAUGGAGUUGGACUACAAGAGAAUUUUCACCGAAAUGACCAAGCCGGCCUACAUAUUCGACGGCAGAAAAAUUCUAGAUCACGAUAAUCUCCAGAAAAUAGGUUUUAACGUUCAAACGAUAGGGAAAAAACUGUCACGAACUGCUGUCUCUCGUGUCUGGGGCAGCCAAACACAAGUGUAAAGUAUUUGUCCAUGCGACACAUUCCUCGAAUGAUAUAUCAAUUUCGAAUGAGUAUUUUUUCAUAGGAAUUUCCAGUCUUGCUUAAUUAAAAGACACGAUAAGAGUUUUAUGUAUUACAUAUUCAUGACUUUUUUAAAUGAAAUUUUGAGGAUUAAUAUAGUCUAAUUUUCCGUGUUCGAUUGUUUAUUGAUGCAUUUAUAAAAUUUAAUUGACGAGUAUUGUACAAAUUUAUGAGAUUAUAACACAGGAUUACCAAAAAGUGAUUUUUUUUUUGCUCUUGAAAUUUAAUUUCCUAAUUUUUAACGAAAAAAAUUAAAAUUUGAGGAAAUCAAUGAUUGAUAGAGGUUUUAAUUUAAUUUGAAAAUGUAUUCAAUUCAUGUAUUCAAUUAAAGUGGGAACUUUAUGAGAUCACUGCACAGAAUUACCGAAAAUUAUGAUCUUUUAUUAAAAAAAAAUCAUGUUUCCGAUUGUUGAUAAAUCAUAAUAAAAAUUUUAUUGAAUUGUGCUGACGAUAUAACUGAUAAAAUCAUCAAUUUCAUAUUAAUAAAUGUUACAAAAUAA